GGUAGAACAGUAACAACCAAAACACCAUGCCCCUUCCUCUACGAUGACAAUGAGCGCCGGCGACAAAUCCUCGUCUUCAACGUCCUCACAUCCAAUUCCACUCAAACCGGGAUAUGAUCCGUCCCUUCUCCCGGACUACGAGACAGAGUUCAUCACAGAUAAUGACCUUCGAGCAUUCGAAAAGGCGCUGAGUGCCCCCGAAGUCGAGCCUCUAGUGGCUAUUAAUGACUGGCGUCCGAUUCGGCAGCGGGUACGACGACCGUUCCGAUCGCGUACUGUAUCUAGCACACCAAAGAAGACGCCUCGAAGAAGCAAGGACGAAACGCGCGAAGGGUUUCUGUACGCGCUUUUGAAGUACCCUUUUUUGGUGACGGUGUUUGCAUGGAUUGCGAUUCUGAGUGUUGUAUAUGUAUUCACCCGAUUGUACAUAUAUCUCUACGAACAUUUCGUCACCUGGACCGGUCGACGGGAGAAGUUGCGGAGGGCACUUCAUUCCACCCACAAUUAUGAGGAUUGGUUGCGAGCGGCACACGAGUUGGAUACGUAUUUGGGUAAUGAGAAGUGGAAGGAAAACGACGAAUAUGCGUACUACGAUCACUUGACCGUGAGGAAAGUUGUGAAACAGCUCAGACAGUUGAGGAGACAGGUUGAAAACGAGACGCAGAAUGGACAUCUUCCGAAUGAAGCUGUGGAAGAUUUGCGUUCACUUUUAGAGGCGUGCGUCAAGAAUAAUUUUGUUGGCGUUGAGAACCCGAGGCUCUACAGUGAGGCAUAUUCAGGCACCAAACAUCUGGUGCAGGAAUAUAUUGACGAAGUACAUUUAUGUCUGGAGUGGCUACUCAACACGCGCGACCUGACCAAAGAAGUGAAAUAUCGCCAUUUCCGCCAUCUAGACACAAACUUUGGACGGACCGCCCUGUGUCUAUCUGGCGGAGCCACUUUUGCCUAUUACCACUUCGGUGUGGUCAAGGCUCUGCUAGACAAUGGCGUUUUGCCUGAGAUCAUCACGGGAACGUCAGGAGGAGCAUUAGUUGCAGCCCUGGUAGCUACAAGGACAGAUGAAGAAUUAAAGCAACUGCUCAUUCCAGCCUUGGCGCACCGCAUCAAGGCAUGUCAUGAGAACUUCCCCGCAUGGGUCAAACGCUGGUGGAAGACGGGUGCUCGAUUUGAUACCCUUGACUGGGCCAGACAGUGCAGUUGGUUCACCCGAGGUUCCAUGACCUUUCGCGAAGCGUUUGAGCGUACAGGGCGAAUUCUCAACGUCUCCUGCGUCCCAUCCGACCCGCAUUCACCAACCAUCCUGGCCAACUAUCUCACCUCCCCAGACUGCGUCAUCUGGAGCGCAGUAAUUGCCUCCGCCGCGGUACCGGGUAUCCUCAACCCCGUGGUCUUGAUGAAGAAAAAUAAAGACAACACUUUAUCCCCUUACUCAUUCGGCCACAAAUGGAAAGACGGCAGUCUCCGCACAGACAUCCCCGUCAAAGCACUCAACUUGCAUUUCAACGUCAACUUCACAAUCGUCUCUCAGGUAAACCCGCACAUAAAUCUCUUCUUCUUCAGUUCUCGGGGAUCAGUCGGUCGUCCCGUCACCCAUCGCAAGGGACGCGGCUGGCGAGGCGGAUUUUUGGGUUCCGCGGUAGAGCAAUAUAUCAAACUCGACCUAAACAAAUGGCUCCGCGUCCUUCGGCAUUUGGAGCUCCUCCCGAGACCCUUAGGUCAAGACUGGAGUCAAAUCUGGCUCCAACAUUUCAGCGGGACAAUCACCAUAUGGCCGAAAUCCAUCCCUUCGGAUUUUUGGAAUAUCUUGUCUGAUCCAUCCCCCGACAGACUUGCGCGUAUGAUACAUGUGGGGCAACAAAGCGCGUUUCCAAAGAUACAGUUUAUUCAAAAUCGGAUGAAGAUUGAGAAUUUGAUUAUGCUGGGAUUAUUGAAGAAUUCGAGGAGUGGAUUGAAUCAUGAACUUUCGCCUUUGCUUUCGCGGAGACACGACCAUAACGACGAUAAGACACGAGAAGGUGAUGAACUCGACGAAGCGACGAGAAUAGUCACUUUACCGUCCACGGAAGGGAAUGAAGAGGCAUUAUCGUCGGAAGAUUAUCUUCAAGUUCCGAGCGGUCGUGGUCACCCGUUAUCGUCGUUGUCGGAUCCGCAUCCGUCUCAUCAUCGACGGAGUAGUGUCAUGGAUGAAAUGAGGCGUCAGUCGGCUGUUUUUUUUGAUGAUUCGGAUGUUUAUUAUGGUGAGGAGAGUGAUGAGAGUACCGCUGGGCUUGGAGUUGGUGGUGAUACAAAUGCAGUUUGGGAUGUGGAUAAGCAGGCCAAGAGGCAUAAUACAUGA